GACAACGGCUCGGAAGACUGCACACAGUGACUGUCCUGCUUCACCAGUUUAGAGCAGAGCGAGAGGAACCUUGAUGUGUUGAGCACGGCCCGGACGGAUUCAGAUUGAAGGCUCAAAGAGCUCUCCCCCGAACGGGGGUUGGGCCAUGGCAUGCCUGCAACCGCAAAAGUGUGACUUGCAGGCUCAGUUUCUACAACAUGGAGGACGAUCCGAAUACACCACAGGCAAGUGCAAUCAGCACUGCCCGAUUUGAGAAGGGAAGAAGGCGGAUUGAAUUUGGUGGAUUGGCCAAGCGGCAAAUAUUUCCAAGCAACUAUGUCUCCACGACUCGGUAUAAGCUGUGGAGCAUAGUUCCUUUGAAUUUGUUUGAACAGUUCCACCGCGUGGCAAACAUUUGGUUCCUGAUCGUCUCGACCCUGCAGAUGUUGCCAUUCAAGAUCUCACCCACAACGUCUUGGGCAACAUUAGUUCCCUUGUGUGGGGUGCUUUUCGUCACUUUCUGCAAGGAUGCCUACGAGGACUUAAAGCGUUGGCGGGACGAUUGCCGAGUGAACAAUCAGGUGGUGAAAGUCUUUACUGGCGGUGAUGGCCAAAAUCCAUAUGCAAGCAUCAAGUGGUCAGAGGUCAGAGUGGGCAGCUUCGUCAAAAUCGCUCGGGACCAGCCGGUACCUGCAGAUCUCCUAUUGGUGUUCUCAAGUCCAGGUGGCGGCGCCUUUGUGGAUACUGCGCAAUUGGACGGGGAGUCCUCCUUAAAGCCAAAGUAUGCUGUGGAGGAAACCCAACACAUGAUCCGCAACUCCUCGGUACACAGUGUGGAAGGCCACAUGGAAGCAGACUUGCCAAAUCAGAUGGUCAAUAAAUUUGAUGGCUGUAUCUACCUCAAGGGCUACCCGAGAGGUGUGCAUGUCAACUUGAAAAACUUCCUGCUGCGCGGCUCUACGCUCCGAAAUACUAAUCAUGUGAUUGGCCUGGUCGUGUACACAGGAGUGGAUACCAAGGUGGUUAGGAACUCGUCCCAAUCGUUGACAAGCAAGAGAUCCCAGGUGGAGCAGCUAGCAAACAAGCUGCUGAUCAUCGUUUUCCUUCUACUAUUCGUGAUUUCCAUCGGCUGUGCAGCUGCGAGGGCUUACCUCAUCUCAAACGAGAGGGGCUACAAGAACCUCGCUUGGGUUUGGCCAUUGACCGGUGGAGAUGAUCUGCAGGACAAUCCCUACAUGGCCAUCCUGACCUUCCUCAUUGGGUACAACAACUUGAUACCCAUCAGUUUGUAUAUGACGACCGACUUGGUGCGUGCACUUCAAGCCUUCAUCAUGGAAUCAGAUGACAGCAUGUAUCAUAAGCGUGAUGAUACAUGCUGCAAGGUUCAAAGCUCUGGACUCUGUGAAGACUUGGGACAAGUAGACUUUGUCCUUUCGGACAAGACUGGAACGCUUACACAGAACGAGAUGUGCUUUAAAGCCUGCUGGGUGGAUGGCCAAACCUAUGGCUGCUGGUCUGACUGUCCAGAUGAUUCGAACGAUGCGGGAGAGGAUGCAAGCCUCAACGGUGACGCCUUUGGUGUUCCAACCGACCAUGUUGAAAGACUUCCUCCCCGGAGCGUUUGCUUGCCCUUGAGCCCUGCGCUGUGGACGGCUCCUUUCGAUUCAGACCCCACAGACGCCAAAGGCAACAUUCGACUAUCGGAGAACACACUCUUGGAAAAUUUCUUUCUGUGCCUAACGCUUUGUCAUGCUGCAAUGCCAGAGAGGAUGCAGGGUGAGAGCAAGAGGGCCACAAGGAGUGCAGAGGUGCCGCUGUUGAUGCAAGAUGUGGAUGCAGUCAGGGCCAGCGACCCCGGAAUGCAACAUUUGCACUUGGAAAGUGAGAUCCAGACGCGGCUGGCUUUGUUGGAAGAAGCUGAGAGUACUCAAUUCCGCAGCCCAUCUCCAGAUGAGGAAGCGCUUUUGGCAAUGGCGAAGGAUUUUGGUUUCUUUUUUCGAAAACGACAGGGCAAUCAGAUUACUGCAAAUGUACGAGGACAGCAGGUGUUCUUUCAAGUGCUGAUUUGCAAUGAGUUCAGCUCAGAUCGGAAGCGCAUGUCUGUUUUGGUACGAAGCUGCGCUGAAGAAGCGAAGAGUGCUCCCAAGGGCUCAGCCACACGGGCCAAUGCCGUUUUACCUCCACCAGGGAUUAAUUCGAUGGAGAACCUUCCCGACGCAGUUUUCGGCCCAUACAUCCUUUUCGCGAAGGGUGCUGACAAUGUCAUGAUGGAACGUAUGAGGCAAUAUGAUUGGGACACCGACCCUGACAGAUCUGCUGCAUUCGACGAGUGUAUUGAGGAGGGCGAAGAAAGUUUCAGCAUCCAGGCACCGCCUGCGAUGGCUCCUGAAGCCCCGGAAGAAGAACAUGAUGAAGAAGGUGAGAGUCCGAGAGUUGCAAAGAAGCCCGUCGCGCCCAAAGAGCCGGCACCGUUGCUGGAGCCACCAAUGCCACAGCAUGAUGGACCAGCCGUCUCGAGCAGACAGCACGUCUACAGCUUGGUCAGUGGAAGCGGUUGCUCUGGAGAUCGCUUGAUGGGCGCACAUUCCGGCCUGAUGAGUUGGAGCUCCCGUGCAUUCUUGACUUCCCAGGAGUCCAUUACUGCAGGAGGAGAAGAAAGCAAACAGCAGAAGAAGCUCAGAAUCGCAAAGGACCAGCUGAAGCGAUUCUCAUCCCAUGGUUUGCGAACGCUACUUUGUGGGUGGCGCGUGAUUCCUGAUGCAGAAGCUGAACGCCUCAUCCACGAACACGGAGCAGCAACGCGAUCCUUCUUCAAACGUGAUGAAAAAGUGGCAGAGGUCGUCAACGAGAUGGAGAAAGACUUUGACUUGCUUGGCAUUACAGCGGUCGAAGACAAGAUUCAGAUUGGCGUUCCCGAGACGGUGAAGAUGCUCCUUGCUGGUGGAAUUCGAGUUUGGAUGCUGACAGGUGAUUCAGUGGAGACAGCUGUGAAUAUGGCAACUAUUUGCCGACUUGUGGAAAAGCAGUGCACGAUGUACUACCUCACUUUUGAGGAGACCCCUGAGCUGAAAACAGAGCUACAGAGCAGGCUGAGGACCAUUGUGGAUGACAUCGUCAAAAAUGUGGAGAUUAGUGAAGAUAAGACAUUCAGCUUUAGCUUAGUCAUCAACGGAACUGCCCUCUACGCGAUUCUGGACGAUUCUGAAGUUUUGCUUCAGCGUCUUUUCGUCACGGUGGCCUGCAACUCCUGCUCCGUCAUUGCGUGCAGGCUGUCACCAGCACAAAAAGCAGGCAUCGUUGAAUUGAUCCGCAAGGAAGUGCCAGGCAACCCUUUGACCCUGGCAGUUGGUGAUGGUGGCAAUGACGUGAGCAUGAUCCAAAAGGCACACGUUGGCGUGGGCAUUGCUGGAGCUGAGGGUCGUGAAGCUGUUAAUGCCUCCGACUUUGCCAUUGCACAGUUUCGUUUUUUACGGUCUCUCAUUUUCUUGCACGGCCGGAGCAACAUUCGACGAAUUGGCAUGGUCAUUGGCUAUUCUUUCUACAAGAAUUUCUUGCUGGUGCUGUGUAUGGCUUGCUAUGCUCCAUGGAAUGGCUUGAGUGGCACGACCUUCUAUGACUCCUAUGUGCUCAUGAUGUACAACAUGGUCUUCACAAGUGUGCCGAUUUUCAUUGUUGGCUCAUUAGAUGUGGAUGUGUAUGCGCCAGCUGCUUUUGCUAUUCCAAAGCUUUACUUUUUCGGUGUCAACAAGGUUUACUUCAAUUACCGGAUGUUGGGCGCUUGGCUUUUCCGCGGUGUUGUGCACGCGCUGCUGAAUUUCUUUGUUGCAACGGUCUUUUUGGGCGGCUUGGGCGGCGGCCAUGCAAAUUUUCCGGACUACCUUUCUUUGGGAACUUGGUCCUAUUGGAGCUGCGUUGUGGUGGCAAACUCUACGCUGCUUCUCCAUGCACAGGUCUGGAUGGAUUGGCAGAUUUUGAUCUCGCUCAUCUCGGUGAUGCUCUUCCCGCCAAUACUCUUCAUCUACUCAUCUCCCUCAGUGGCCAACUUGCUCAAUCCGUCCUUCCACGAGGUGGCUUUCAACAUCUUCGAGUCGCUGCCAGGUUGGUUGAGCCUGGUCCUGGUUCUUGCUUUGUCCGUUUUGGUGGAGCUGGCGAUGGAUUCGUGGCGCCGUGUAAAGCGUCCUGACUUAGUGACCCGUGUGCAGGAGUUUCAGCGGAUGAAGACAUGCUUCCCAGAAGCUGAGGUCCGAACUGAUCGCCACACCACGCUGAAUCCAUCUCCAAGCUUUGUGGACCGAAGUGUCUUCGGGGAAAAGACCACUUUGACUGUGCAAGGCAGUCGUUCCUUUCCAGAUCUCAAAGCCGUGAUCCCAAGGUCUCCAGUGGGUGCAAUUGCCGGUCUCAAUUCGACGCUGGUGGGGGCUAACCCUAACCAGCUUACGCAAACUCAAACAGACUUGGCGCAAGGUGUUAGCAAGACAGAAAGGUUGUUUCCUGCUGCGCUCGUGAGCUCUAUCCCCUGGAGUUACAAACGGAGCAGCUACAACUCUGGAGACUUUCGUGCAGAAGCUGCAGAUUUGAAGGAGUUCGUCCAGGGUGCGAAGCAUCCUCCGCUGAAACAGCCAGGAUUGCGAAUGCUUUUGGACUUGGCCUGGAGAGACCGAGAAAAGGCCAAGGAGACUUCGACAUGGGCACGAAAGCUGGGUGUGAGCAUGGCAAUGGAAUGGCGUGCAAGGCUGAAUCAUGUGCAGUGGUGCCGUAUCAGUUUGAUGUCUGAUGUACUGGGUGGAGGAGGGCAAGAUGCAUGUAUCAAUUUUCAGGGCGUGGCAGACCGGCUCGCCGUAAGUGCAGGCAUGCAACGGGAAUUGCUCCAUCUUGAAGAGCUCGAGGAGCGGACCAUGGAGGACGAGGGUGUUGAACAUAAUGCAACGACGCCAGCCGCGGAGAGCAGCAGAAGGCCGAGUCGCUUCACCAAGAAGGAUCGCUACACCACAGAGUUCUACUACAACAUGAUUUCACUCCAAUUCCGUUCGAAACUGCACGAACAGGCCUUUUGCCAGAUCUUCGAUGAAACGAGUGGCAACCAGUUCUUUGUUUCAGUGCGCAUGGUGACUUGGGUCGUGAUUGUGGGAUUCCAACUGGUCAAGCUCGUGGCCCUCCUCGCAUCAGAGGGUGACAACUCUUCAGAGAUUCUUACAUCUUUGCUGGUCAUUGGGGGCUCAAUUGCUGUAAGUGAGAGCUUGCUGUUUCCACUGCGAUUCAAGGGUUUCAAUUCCUUUCAAGCUCGCUACGUGGCCGUCACCUGCUGCAUGCUCAUCAUCUCAAAGCAUGCUUAUGAGAUUUGGGCAGAAGUUCCUGGCUUUGUUACAGACGCAAUUUUGCCAUUGUUCAUCGCAGCUGGCGUACGCAUGCGGUUCCCAGUCGCUUGUACGGUAUUUUUUCUGCACAUGGUUGUUUUGUCCGUGCACCACGCGUUUCUAUUGAACAACACAACUUGCACAGUUGGAAGCGGAAUCACGACAGCCUUCAUUUGCGACGAUUAUUUUCAACUCAGGGGUGAGUACUCCGUGGUGCAGUUUGGCAAUGUGCUACUGGUCGGAGCAUAUGUCUAUGUCUCAGAGCGCUUUGCACGUCACAACUUUGCUUGGGAUGAUUGGAUCAGCUCUGCCCGGGGAUCAGAUCGAGAUAUUUUGAAGGGGAUGUAUCCUGAAGACGUGGUCGAAGCUGUAUUCACGAGCUUCCGCAACAAUCAGGGUGACACCAUGGAACGUUCGGUCUCUUCCACGGAGACGAUUUUCCAAGACCGUGGCCUUGUGACAAUUGUUUUCAUUGAUAUCUACGAUUUUGGAAAGGUGGUAGCAGGCUUGCAUCCUGUAGAUCUGGUUUUGAUGCUGGAUCGCGUGUUUACGCAAAUGGACCUCGUGUGCCAGGAGCAUGGCAUUGUCAAAAUCGAGACAGUGGGCAAGACAUUCAUGGCUGCAGGGUUGGGUGAUACGUCGAAAUCAUCGAAGGGGAAAUCCCAAGCAUCACAAAAGACUGGAGGAUGGGCCGUGAAAUGCUUGGAGGUGGCUGUGGCCAUUCUUCGGCAAUUUACUAAAUCGUCAACGGGCAUUGAUGGCAUGGAAAAGCUGUCCUUGAAAAUCGGCCUCAAUACAGGAAAUGUGAUCAGCGGCGUCGUGGGUUCCCAGAAGCCACAAUUUGCGCUUUUUGGCGACACGGUGAACACCGCAAGCAGGAUGAUGAGCACUGGCGAGGUGAACCAUGUCCAUGUUUCUGCUGAAACAUACGAGUUCUUGCGGAAUGAUGAUCGAUUUCAUUGGGAGCAGCGACAGAUUUGGGCGAAAGGCAAGGGGUAUAUGACCACAUAUCUUCUCAACCACGAGAGGCGGAAUCACGAAGCAGCAGUUGUCCACCGUCACAGCUCGGUUCGUGAGGGCAGCAGGCUAGACCUGGACUCCCUCGAUGAGCUGCCCAUACAGCCCUUAGACUUUUCAAACAGCCGGUUUUGGAAUCUAAAGAUGCCCAUGCCCAGCUUGCAGCCGAUGUACAAGCUACCACAGAUGGUCAAGAACACCUGGCACUUUGUUGUGAAAGUCAAUGAGCUUGACUCCAAGAAGGCUUCGCUUGAGAAAUCAACUUUUGUUUUCCUGUUGCUCUUUUGGACGUGCUUCUGCAUGGAGUCAGCAUUCAUUACCAUCGGGGAGACGGGCGAGCAUGCACAUGACUUGAACCUCUUCAUUCAGCUUCGGGGCAGCUUUGCGGCCACAUUCACUUUGUGCCUUUUGGUUGGUGGCAUUGUGCUGGCGAGCCUCCAGUGCAUUCCCAAAGAGAAAAAGGGAAGAGCGGCAACGACAUCAACUGUGGAAUCGGACGAUCGAGAAGCAGCUUUAGGAAGCAGGCUAGACAGAAAUGCAUCAGCUGCAUCGGAGCACUCCAAUGAUAAGUCAGAGAUCCCUGGGACUGUUGAAGAAAGGCAUGACAGCGUGGAGAACGCCAGCCCUCAGGGCAACGAAAAUCACCGGAAGACGAAAGCGCUGUACGUGUUCAAUCUCUUCAUCCACAUCGGUUCUCCAGUCUUCUUCAUCUCAGCUGGCUAUCUCACUGCGAUUGCCUCGGCAAUGUAUGCAAUUUCCAACCGUAAAGUUGAGGAGGUGGCAUAUUUGAUUUACUACGAAUCGCUUUUCUUCAUUAGUGCAGUAAUGCAGUUGAAUUUGCUACGAAUCUCCAUCUCGGCCUUUGCUGCUGGUGCGUUGAUGAUUUUGCCAGCAACUGCAUGUGGCAUUCUGGCAGAUUGGCCAGCGGGUGCCAUAUAUCCAAUUACCGUGUUCAUUUUGCAGAUGAAGGUGGUUGGAGAUUUGAAGUGGUACCAACUCAAAAGUGUGGAGGAUUUGAAGAUUGUGGAGAAGGAGCACAGGGAAUUUGACACCUUGUUGAAUAGUUUGUUGCCCAAAGAGGUCCUUCAUAGCAUGCAGUCCAACAUGCUGGAGAUCGCGUACACCUAUCGGGAUAUGACGAUGCUGUUCGCUGACAUUGUGGGCUUCACAGGGUACUGCACCAAGCACAAGAGCAACCCCAGCACCGCAGUGAGGCUGGUUACGCACCUUUUUGCGAGGUUUGAUGACUGCUGCAAGCUCCUAGGGGCGUAUAAAGUUUGCACUAUCGGAGAUGCAUACCUUGCCGUGAACGAGCCAAAGACGCAGCAUGAUGACGAGAUCAUUGGUGCUCUUGUACUGCUUCACCUGGCAAUGGCGAUGCUUCGCAUCAUUGUCCAGGUGCGGGACGAGGUGGAUCACCAAGGAUUGAAUAUGCGAAUUGGUCUUCAUCAUGGGGAAUUCGUUGCCGGAGUCAUUGGAAGCAAUCAGCUCCGCUUCGACAUUUGGGGGGAGGACGUGUUGAUCGGAAACCAAAUGGAAUCCAGCGGUGAGCCAGGAAGGAUUUGCUGCAGUGAAACCUUUGUGGAAGUCAUGAAGAGCUUCAAGCAGUUCACGUUCACCGAGCGAGAACUAGUCAGCUGUUCGGGGUCCACUCGACAAUUGCAUAGCUACCUGUUGGAUCCGCCACAUGGCACUGGAACUGGAACUGUCCGCAAGUCCUCGCCUGUGCGAAAGAGUGCAAACAGGACCACCCAGCACCUGACUGGGAGGAAAAGCAAAGGACAAAAAUCCAAGUCUGCUGCCUGCAGCAUUAGCUAAAUAUCCUGGUGGCUUCUUUGCUUGCUUAGAGUUGCCUC